AUGACAUCGGUCCGGUUGAGUAACAAUUCUUCAAACUUGGACGUUGCCACACUUACAAGUUUUGGUUAUAGACCUUGCGAAGAGGAUAAUGAAAAUGUAAUAUCGAAAUUAUUUCAACGUGUAAAGAGUUCUUUCGUCGUGUCUCCUGGCACCUCAAACUUAAACAACUCUACAGAUCCUCUCGAAAAUUCACCUACAAACUCUUCUCAAGAUCCUGAGUUUGAACCUUCGAGGAGUACUUCGUCGCUCUUAUUACCUGAUAAAGAUAAUAAAGGCUUUAAAACACCCGCUCCCCCUGUUGUUUCAAUAGAACCUUUCCUUGGAAGUGCACCACCAAAGCUUAUGGUAGAGUCUGUGGAAACUGUUCAAGAACACGUUAAUGAUACUAUAAAUGGUAUCAAUACUACUCCAAAUUCAGUUAAUGGUGUUAGUGACCAUCAAGACAAAUCCGAAUUGGCAUCUCAAGACACACAUUCUAUUCAUAAAGAUGUUUCGGAUACUCGAUCUGUUCAUUCUAUUCAAACUACUACUUCUACUAGUAAUAAUUCUGGUUAUUCUUUUAGUAAAGUUAUCAGAAGAUUACGUGGUGAAGGUGUAAAUAAAGGCUAUUGGAUGGCUGAUGAUACUUGUAAAGAAUGCUAUGAAUGUCAGAUUUUCUGUUCUAAAUGUGCUUCCAAUAUAAUACCUGGUGAAAAGUUUAAUUAUGAUGGUGCAAUGCGUGUUUGCAAUUUUUGUCGACAACUUAUGGAAGAUUAUGGCGAUAAUUCUGAUGCUGAACCUGAUUAUUGGACGCCUGAAAAAAAUGAUUUUCCGAAUAACGUUCUUUCAAGAUCUCAAUCUAUGUUAUCUGAAAACCACAACAUUCCAUCAAAUACAACGACUGAGUUAACUACUACUACUUCUCUUAAUGUUCACCUUUCACCACGACCUCCUUCUCCUGAUGCUCUCUCGUUGAAUGAUUUUGGUUUAAAAAGAAUUACUUCUUUAUUUAUGUCAAGAUCAAGAUCUAAUACUAUAAAUGAGGAUUCUCAUAUUGUAAGUUCACCUGCUCCUUUUCGACGUAGUCUUGUUGAAGAUUAUAAAACUACUCCAGCUGCAAAUCCGGAAGCUGUUCUUGAUCCUGAAAUUGCGCCUUUUAUGAGUGAUGAAGAAGGCGAAGAUGAUGUUCAUUAUGAUUCUUUAACAAAUCCAUCAAAUGUUUUAAAUUUUGUUACCAGUUUCUUACAUGGGGGUGUAAAUAAUGAUUCUGCUACACCAACUCCUGCUGUUUCUGAAUAUGCUGGUAGUGAUGAUGAAGUUAGUGAAUAUGGUUCAAGAUCUUUACGAUCUAUGCAAAGAGGUCAACGUGCUGAUGAAAUAAGAAGUCAUUUCGCUAGAGAUAAAAGUCUUUCACGAAGACGUAGUAUUACCAAUAACCGUGCUGCAAGAAUGAGCAAAAGAAGUGGUUUACUCAGACAAAUUACUCCAAAUAAUGUACCUAUGGAAAUGUCUUGUUCAAUAGAAUCUAGACCUUCAUCUCCAUUUAGUAUGAGACAUUCUCGAACUACUUCUAUGCAGACUAAGACAGAAAUAAGUUCAGUUUCCCUUCAACAUAUGAGGCAAUUACUACGUCAAUUUUUAAAAGAAUCUGAAAUAGAUUUAUCUGAAGGUUGGGAAGAUGUAAUAAUGGAAUUAAUGACAAAAGUUGCUGAUAAUUUAAAUCCAAAUGUUCGUAAUGGUGAUGAGAUUGAUAUUCGACAUUAUGUAAAAAUUAAAAGAAUUCCUGGUGGUACACCUCAAGAUUCUGAAUAUAUUCAUGGUGUUGUAUGUUCAAAAAAUCUAGCUCAUAAACAAAUGCCGAGAACAAUUCAAAAUCCUCGAGUUCUUAUUUUAACUUUUGCUUUGGAAUAUCAUCGCGUAGAGAAUCAAUUAAUGUCUUUGGAUCCAGUAAUUGCUCAAGAAGAGGAGCAUUUACGUCUCUUAGUCAAUCGAAUUGCUGCAUUACGUCCUCAUUUAGUUUUAGUUGAAAAAACUGUUGCUCGUAAGGCUUUGCAAAUGUUAUUAGAAAAAAAUAUUGCAGUCGCAUUGAAUGUUAAACCUUCUGUUAUUGAAGCUGUCGCUCGUUGUGCACGAGCUGAUAUUCUUCAAUCUAUUGAUAAGCUUGCUUUAGAACCAAAAUUGGGAAAUUGUGGAACAUUUUUGGUCAAAACUUUUGAUCAUCAACUUAUUCCAGGACGACGAAAGACAUAUUUAUUCUUUGAAAAAUGCCCUAAAGAUUUAGGUUGUACUAUUGCUUUACGAGGAGGAAAUAUAGAAACUCUUGAAAAAGUAAAACGUAUUGCUGAUCUCAUGGUAUUCGUGGUUUAUAAUUUAAAAUUAGAGACUGCUUUAAUAAUAGAUCAAUUUGCAAGAACGCCUGAUUUUGUUGAACAAGUUAAUUUUAGUAAUGAAGAUUAUUUUUCUCCUAAAUGUGAUGAAUUGGAUCCCUUAAAAAUAUAUGAAACGACUAUACUUUCAGUGUCUCCAUUUAUUAAAUUUCCACCACCUUAUUUAUUGACAAGAAUGAAACAAGCUGAAAAAAAGCUUGGAGAUUUGAUACAGAAACGUAAUUGGCAUUCAGCUAAAGACAAUGAUAAGCCACAUUCGGCAUCUUCUGCUUCUGUCAGUCUUUCAGGCAUUUUACGUACCCCUGAGCAAGUUAUAGCUGAAGCAGAAUUCGCUGAUGCUGCUCAGGAUCAUAUGUUUCAAGUGCGCGCUUGGGAAUCCUAUGAAUAUAAUAACGUUGUUAGUCCAUAUGCACAUCAAAAUAUAUCAGUAUUAUUUUCUAAAGUUUGCACUGUAAAUUCAACACCAUGUGGUGAUCCCGAGAUUUUAGUUAUGGAAUAUUAUCGUGAAUCUGAUCGUACACUUGGGCAAUAUUUAGAAGAAAUGAGUUCAAGAUCCGCUUAUUUAUGCGGUACAUGUGACCGCCCACUAUUAAUGCAUUAUCACAGUUUUUGUCAUGGAAAUUCAAGAAUCACUGUAUAUAUCGACGAAAAUGUAGGGCACCCUCACUUGAAUGUGGAUCAAAUUUUCAUGUCUACUCAUUGUAAAAUAUGUAAUACUGAAACAUCACCAACAUUGAUGAGUGAAGAUACAUGGAAGUAUUCAUUUGGAAAAUAUUUAGAACUUUCUUUUUAUCAAACAGAAGUCAAAGGCCGUCUAGAAAAAUGUUCCCAUAAUGUUUUUCGUGAUCAUGAUUUAUAUUUCCAUCUUAAUAAACAUACGAUUAGAUUUCAACAUGAACCAAUUGAACUUUUAGAAGUAUAUGCACCACCUAUGAAUCUUUAUACAAAACCUGAAGUUCACAUUCGUCUUAAAAAUCAUGAUUUAGAUUCAAUUCGACAUAAAAUUUCUAAAUAUUGGGAUUCAGUAGCUGAUAGAAUAAAAAAUUUCAAUUUUGAGAUUGUUCAACCUGAUAAGGUUGAAAUGUGUAAACAAGAAUUAUUAGAAAUGUCUCGGAGAGUUGUGACAGAAAAGAAAUUUAUGCUUCAAAAACUUCAACAAACUUAUGUUAAUAGUCCACCUGAAGAUACCUUAGCAUUAAAUAAUGUAUUAUGCGUUCUUCAAGAUAAAGUUGCAGCUUGGGAUAAAGAUUUUAAUGAUAUUGCUCGACAGUAUUUCCGAUUAACUGCGAAACAGCUAAGGAGAUUUUUUGUUGAUAAUCAUGAAGCGAUUACUUUACGUGGUUAUUCGAAUUCAUUUUUCGAUGAAUUACCACUAAUAAGUAUGGAUCUCGACACUAUAUUAGACUCUUCUAAGUCCGAUGAUAAUAUUGGACCUACAAUUAUUCCAAAGUUAGGAAGUUCACCUACAGUGGAACUUAUUUUAAGUGGACUUAAAGAAUCAGAUUUCUUCCCUGAAGGAGAAAUUGAAAGUCUUGAAAAUGACAUAGAAAAAGUCGCCUCACAAUUAUAUUUAUUUCCGUCCAUGGAUCCAAAGGUUGCUAGGCGUUUAUCAAUGAAAUGGAUGCAAGAAAAUAAAUCAUGGCAAAGGCAAUUGGUAGGCCGUACAGCAUCUGAAUCAAUUUUUCCAGCUAUUAGCGACAAACAAGAGGAAUGUGAUUUUACUCAACCAACUGAAAUACCUCGUAUAGUACCAACUACUGUUAAACAAAGACACAAUACUUCACCUUCCUUACUUAUAUCUUCAGAUUCGCAUAAUUCGACUGGACGUAGUAGUAACAGGCAUAGCCGUAUAUUAUUAUCACAAUCAGUAUUAGAAAAAGAUAAAGAAACUAAUGUACAAGAAUAUCCGUCAACUAAAAGGGUACAAGUUCAUUCCAAGAGAAAUCAAAGUGCAACAUCCGGAAUUCCUCGUCAAAAUUCAAAAUAUAGCAGAGCAUCGGCGCUUAAACACACACCAUCUGAUAGUUUUGGACUUUCUGCCAUAAGAUCUCAUGAAAAUAAAAAAAGUAAAUUAGCUGGACUUUAUAAACUAAAACAUGCAUUUGAUGAACUAUUGGGAAAUGAAGAAUUUCCUCUAUUACCAGGCCGCGAACCGUCGGAUGAGUCAUAUAUACAUCAUCCUGCAUUGACAUUUUUAGGAAAUGAUUUCAAUGAACCAACUACACCUGUAUCGGAGUCAUUUUCAGGAGCUGAUAGAACUCCGACGGAACAUGUGUUCCCUGAAUCUUCGAUUAUCGUUAGAGAAGAUGAACCAGGGUCAAUAAUAGCCUUUGCUUUGAGUUCAAAAGAAUAUUUGGAUAAAUUGAAGACCAUGCAACAAACUAAUCAAAACAACAAUGACAUAUUAGAUGAUCGAUUUAGUUCUAAAUCUUCUAAUUUUGUUGCUGAUGGAGACGAAAACAAUGAUGUAGAAGAUUUUCUACUAUCGCACAUGAAAUAUCAAUUUUCCCAUAAUUCUACAACUUUCGUCUGUAAAAUUUAUUGUGCUGAUCAAUUUGAUUCGCUUAGGCGUAAAUGCGGUUGUGAGAGUACUUACAUACAGUCACUUUCACGAUGUGUAAAAUGGGAUUCGAGUGGAGGCAAAUCUGGUUCCGCUUUUCUUAAAACACGAGAUGAUCGUCUGGUCAUGAAACAAAUUUCUCGCAAUGAAGUGGAUGCGUUCCUAAAAUUCGCUCCAAAAUAUUUUGAAUAUAUGGCUAAGGCCUUAAUUGAUCUUCCCACUGUAUUGACCAAAAUUUUUGGUUUUUAUCGCGUUUCAUACAAAAAUGAGCAAACUGGAAAAAAUUUAAAUAUCACUUUUAUUGUAAUGGAAAACCUUUUCUAUGAGCGUAAAGUGUCAAAAAUAUUUGAUCUAAAAGGGUCCAUGCGAAAUCGUCAUGUUCAGAGUACUGGGAAGGAAAAUGAGGUUUUAUUAGAUGAAAACUUACUAGAACUAAUUAUGACCGAAAAUCCAAUAUAUCUUCGAGAACAUUCAAAAAAACUUUUGUAUGAAUCCUUGUUCAAUGAUACACUAUUCCUGGCGAAGCAUAAUGUAAUGGACUAUUCUCUCUUAGUUGGAAUCGAUGAAGAAAACCAUGAAUUAGUUGUAGGAAUACUUGAUUUCAUACGGACAUUUACAUGGGACAAGAAACUUGAGAGUUGGGUUAAAGAAUCUGGAUUCUUAGGUGGUGGUGGGAAAGAGCCAACCAUUGUUACCCCUCGUCAAUAUAAAAAUAGGUUCAGAGAGGCUAUGAAUAG